CUCCGCGGAGUCACGUGUCCUGGUCCCUGUCGGCCUCCGUAGAGUGUGUGUUGUGUCUUGCGUAGUGUAGCGGCGCCAAAGCCGAGUUAUCGGAGUUCGGGCGGCUGUCAUCGGGUUCUUGCAGUAUGUCCAGCCGGAGAUCCACCGGUGGGGAGGACCAUGGGGACACGUUCAUGGACGGAGACGGAGCUGGAGAGCGGGACAAUGGGAACCGACGGGAGAUCCGACACAAGUACCGGGAGCUCAUGCAGAACAUGCACCAGAACAGGGAAGACAUGCUCAGCUCCCGUAGUAACAGGCUGACCGAGACCCUGGAACAAGCCAAUAAACUCUUUGAAGGAGUGUCUAAAGCCAGAGAAGCUGCACUUGACGCUCAGUUAUUAGUUUUGGCAUCAAACCUGGGGAAAGAGAAAGCCAGUCAACUCCGCACAGACCUGACAGUGUUUGACCCAAGUUCAUUUGCAGAGGAUUUGCUCACCUUCAUGGGCAUUAAUCGGUUGGAAAACCCGGACAGUGACAGUGAAGAUGAAACAUUUGCCAAAGGAUAUCUUCCCCCAGAUGCUUGGUAUAAACUUGGAACUGGAGCUGCAAAAUAUUUCAAAAGAACUCCCACCUUUCAUUUCAUGCUUGGAUCCUUUAAGACGGAACCUGCUGUAGUUCGGCAAAGAAUUGAACGCCAACGGAGGGCUGAAAGAGUUGAAGAGAAGAGAGUGAUGCCAUCACAGCUGAAAAAAAUGGACGAGUCUCACCAGGAAGCAACUGAAAAAGAAGUAGAGCGUAUUCUGGGCUAUCUACAGAGCUAUUUUAGAGACGACCCUGACACUCCCAUAUCUUUCUUUGAUUUUGUUAUCAAUCCACGUUCUUUUUCUCGUACAGUUGAGAACAUCUUCCAUGUUUCUUUUAUCAUUAGGGAUGGUUUUGCAAGAAUAAUACUUGAUAAUGACAAGCUGCCAGUGAUAGAACCUGUAAACCAAGAAGACGAGUCGCAAGUAGACAAAGAUAAUCUGCGCAGGUACCAAGGAGUCAUCUCCCUUAGCCACCAAGAUUGGAAGGAAAUAAUAGAAACGUUUGAAAUUACAGAACCUAUGAUCCCUGAUGACUGAUCAUAAAAUUACCAUAAGUGUUAUAGGACUGCUUUCUGAGAGCUGCUGUCGGAAGAGUCUUGUGUAUGUCGGCGACACCAAUACAGCUGGACCAUGGAAGGAUUUAAUCUUUUCGAAGAUCUUAUUGUCAGUGAUCUGCAGUCCUUAACACUUUCUGUUACUAAGCAUGGUUGGUAAAAAAUGAGAACUCGGGCCACAGAUUUUUCUUAUAUUUCUUUUAUUGUUUGCACUUUACACUUUUUUAUUUGUGAAAGUUGCUCUUCCCAUGUUAGUAUUUGUUAUGCUGUUUUUCUCUAACUGUUCUGUGAUCAGUAGAUUGAAGACCACAGUCAUGCCUCUCCUGAUAUUGUAAGCCAUGGGUUCUCGACUCUCCAGCUGUUGCAGAACUACAAGUCCCAUAAGGCAAUGCAAGGCUGACAGUUACAAGCAUGACUCCCAAAGUCAGAUGCAUGAUGGGACUUGUAGUUAUGCAACAGUUGGAAGGCCACAGUUUGAGCACCUAUGUUGCAAGCCAUGUUUCAUUUUACUUGUAUAUUUUUAAAUGUUUCUAAAACUAUAGAAAAGUGAAAACUUAAGAAUAUUUUGUUAUUGAUAAAAAGUAUUGUCGGUCACAACCAGGUUUAUAUCUGUAAAUUAACAAGUAUUUUCUGUAUAUUCUGUGCUACUUUUGUAAAUAUGUUUUUAAGUUUUGUUUAAUAUCUAAAUAAACAACUUUUUUUCCAGGA